CAACAAACGAUAUCAACAAUAGGGGAGUGUCAACACUUCGUUGUUACAGAUUUUCCAAUGGAUUAACCGAUAUUUGAUAAUUAAUUAAUGUUAGUCACUCGUGUACCUUCUGAAACUAUGAGUGCGUUCUGUUGAUUCUACGCUAGUUUAGCUUGUGACGAAACUUUUAAAAUGAGGUCCGAUUCUCCUCUCUCCAGCGUCAACGUAGUGCUUGUUAUGGCCUACGGAAGUCUGGUAAGUAUUUUAUAUGAAUGUGAUCUCGUGUUUUUCCUUUACAGAAAUAAUGCUUGGCAAAACUAUCUGUUGCGUUUCUCAGGACUCCUGUGUAAUGGAAUUAGCUAGCUAGCUAUGGAGACAAGCAAGCACAGCACAAGUGUCAAACUUUGUGUAACAAAAAACAGGUUAUAGGACAGAGUCAACGAAGACGUUAACUGGGUACUUAUAUGGAAAGCACACAACACAGUAAAAUAUAUUAAAUGGAUAUUUCACCCAAAUUACACUGCGUCAUUGAGUUUUGGUACACCAGAAGUACACUGCUCAAAAAAAUAAAGGGAACACUAAAAUAACACAACAGUGGUAGGCCUGAUCACCGACAACGAUGAGACAGCCUAUAGGGAGGAGGUCAGAGAUCUGGCCGUGUGGUGCCAGGGUAACAACCUUUCCCUCAACGUGACCAAGACAAAGGAGAUGAUUGUGGACUACAGGGAAAAAAAAGAGAACUGAGCACGCCCCCAUUCUCAUCGACAGGGCUGUAGUGGAACAGGUUGAGAGCUUCAAGUUCCUUGGUGUCCACAUCACCAACGAACUAUCAUGAAACCAAACACACCAAGACAGUCGUGAAGAGGGCACGACAAAGCCUAUUCCCCCUCAGGAGACUGAAAAGAUUCGGCAUGUGUCCUCAGAUCCUCAAUUUUUUUUUACAGCUGCACCAUCGAGAGCAUCCUGACUGGUUGCAUCACCGCCUGAUAUGGCAACUGCUUGGCCUCCGACCGCAAGGCACUACAGAGGGUAGUGCGUACGGCCCAGUACAUCACUGGGGCCAAGCUUCCUGCCAUCCAGGACCUCUAUACCAGGCAGUGUCAGAGGAAGGCCCUCAAAAUUGUCAAAGACUCCAGCCACCCUAGUCAUAGACUGUUCUCUCUGCUACCGCACGGCAAGCGGUACCGGAGUGCCAAGUCUAGGCCCACCCCAUCUUUUUACGCUGCUGCUACUCUGUUAAUUAUUUAUGCAUAGUCACUUUAACUCUACCCACAUGUACAUAUUACUUCAACUACCUCAACUAGCCGGUGCCCCCGCACAUUGACUCUGCACCGGUACCCCCCUGUAUAUAUAGCCUCCCUACUGUUAUUUUAUUUUACUUAUGCUCUUUUUUUCUCAACACUUUUUUGUUGUUGUUUUAUUUUACUUUUUUAUUAAAAAUAAAUGCACUGUUGGUUAAGGGCUGUAAGUAAGUAUUUCACUGUAAUGUCUGCACCUGUUGUAUUCGGCGCAUGUGGCCAAUACAAUUUGAUUUGAUUUGAUUUGAGAUCUGAAUGAAUGAAAUAAUCUUAUUAAAUACUUUUUUCUUUACAUAGUUGAAUGUGCUGACAACAAAAUCACACAAAAAUUAUCAAUGGAAAUCAAAUGUAUCAACCCAUGGAGGUCUGGAUUUGGAGUCACCCUCAAAAUUAAAGUGGAAAACCACACUACAGGCUGAUCCAACUUUGAUGUAAUGUCCUUAAAACAAGUCAAAAUGAGGCUCAGUAGUGUGUGUGGCCUCCACGUGCCUGUAUGACCUCCCUACAACGCCUGGGCAUGCUCCUGAUGAGGUGGCGGAUGGUCUCCUGAGGGAUCUCCUCCCAGACCUGGACUAAAGCAUCCGCCAACUCCUGGACAGUCUGUGGUGCAACGUGGCGUUGGUGGAUGGAGCGAGACAUGAUGUCCCAGAUCAAUUGGAUUCAGGUCUGGGGAACGGGCGGGCCAGUCCAUAGCAUCAAUGCCUUCCUCUUGCAGGAACUGCUGACACACUCCAGCCACAUGAGGUCUAGCAUUGUCUUGCAUUAGGAGGAACCCAGGGCCAACCGCACCAGCAUAUGGUCUCACAAGGGGUCUGAGGAUCUCAUCUCGGUACCUGAUGGCAGUCAGGCUACCUCUGGCGAGCACAUGGAGGGCUGUGCGGCCCCCCAAAGAAAUGCCACCCCACACCAUGACUGACCCACCGCCAAACCGGUCAUGCUGGAGGAUGUUGCAGGCAGCAGAACGUUCUCCACGGCGUCUCUAGACUCUGUGAACCUGCUUUCAUCUGUGAAGAGCACAGGGCGCCAGUGGCGAAUUUGCCAAUAUUGGUGUUCUCUGGCAAAUGCCAAACGUCCUGCAUGGUGUUGGGCUGUAAGCACAACCCCCACCUGUGGACGUCGGGCCCUCAUACCACCCUCAUGGAGUCGGUUUCUGACCGUUUGAGCAGACACAUGCACAUUGGUGGCCUGCUGGAGGUCAUUUUGCAGGGCUCUGGCAGUGCUCCUCCUGCUCCUCCUUGGACAAAGGCGGAGGUAGCGGUCCUGCUGCUGGUUUGUUGCCCUCCUACGGCCUCCUCCACGUCUCCUGAUGUACUGGCCUGUCUCCUGGUAGCGCCUCCAUGCUCUGGACACUACGCUGACAGACACAGCAAACCUUCUUGCCACAGCUCACAUUGAUGUGCCAUCCUGGAUGAGCUGCACUACCUGAGCCACUUGUGUGGGUUGUAGACUCCGUCUCAUGCUACCACUAGAGUGAAAGCACCGGCAGCAUUCAAAAGUGACCAAAACAUCAGCCAGGAAGCAUAGGAACUGAGAAGUGGUCUGUGGUCACCACCUGCAAAACCAGUCCUUUAUUGGGGGUGUCUUGCUAAUUGCCUAUAAUUUCCACCUGUUGUCUAUUCCAUUUGCACAACAGCAUGUGAAAUGUAUUGUCAAUCAGUGUUGCUUCCUAAGUGGACAGUUUGAUUUCACAGAAGUGUGAUUGACUUGGAGUUACAUUGUGUUGUUUAAGUGUUCCCUUUAUUUUUUUGAGCAGUGUACAUUCAUUUCCAAUGGAACGCUGCGUUUGCCUUGCAGCAUUGCGUUGCGGAGGCAGUUGCAGUGCGGUGCAGACAUUGGAUUUAUCGAACGUAUGCGUAAACGGGUUGACAGAAAUGGUAGCAGAAGGUGAAUGUUGAACUUUUGCAUUGCUGCAAGGCAAACGCAGCGUUCUAUUGGAAAUGAAUGUACUUCUGGUGUACCAAACCGCAAUGACACAGUCGGUGUGUUCAAAGCGUAUGGACAAGGUAUGACAGCAAUCCAUGCUUAGGUUUUAUUUCCCUUGUUUUGGUUUUGUUUCCAAAUGCUAACCUUUUAGCAUUUGUGGCACAAAUCCCAUUCAACGUGGUCCUCUGUAGCUCAGCUGGUAGAACGGCACUUGUUGGUACAACGGCACUUGUAACGCCAAGGUAGUGGGUUCGAUCCCCGGGACCACCCAUACACAAAAAUGUAUGCACGCAUGACUGUAAGUCGCUUUGGAUAAAAGCGUCUGCUAAAUGGCAUAUUAUUAUUAUUAUUAUUAAGUCAUGGGACCGAUGUUAUCAUUUUUCGCUCAUCACGUCCAAAUCAUCCGACAGUAUCUAAAAUUGAUUCUGAAGCUCAUCAAAAUCACUUAUAGAUGAUUUGAACAUGCUAAAUGGGAUUUGUGCCACAAAUGCAUUUGGAAACAGUGCGGUCAUACCUUGUCCAUAGACCGCUUACAAGGUAAGCAAACCAAAAUGUCAUUUUGUAAUUUGGGUGAACUAUCCCUUUAACUAAGAAUGUAUCUCUUGUGGACAGGGUUUACGUGAUAUUUUAGGUUCUGGGUUGCCGAGAUUAACAAACAAUAGGUUAGUACAAACGGGUAGGGCUGGCAGGAUUCGAAUGCCACGAAAGGUAGUAUACAAGUCCAGCAGUGGAGGCUGCUGGGGGGUGGACGGCUCAUAUUAAUGGCCGGAUUGGAGUGAAUGGUAUCUAGCACAUGUUAUUUUUUGUUUUCAUGUGUUUGAUAUCAUUCCAUUAAUUCCAUUUCACCCAUUACACUCUAUUCCAACCAUUAUUAUGAGCUGAACUCCUCUCAGCAGCCUCCACGGCUACCAAACCCAAGUUGUACUCAGUCAGGAUACUUACAAUAAACUUACAAUUAACAUCACAGAGACUGAAUAGAAUAUUGGUAAAAUGUGAAUGAAGGUCGUUUCAUACUGCUAGGUCUGGUGUGGGACUUGGAGACAGCAGCAGCUCUGUCCCUGGAUUUCCCUCUAAUCAUUACUUCAAACAGUUGCAAAACGUUUUGUUUUGCAACGAAAACUAGCGUUUCUAUUGGACAGAUUCAAGUAGGUCCCUCCCCGUUUGGUUCCUGUAGUAAACAGUUUCCAUUGCUAAACGUUUUGCAACAGAAUCCAACUAAUGAAUACCCCCAAGUGGAAGUGCAUUCUCCAGAGUCAUACCUGCAACCAAUCAUAAACACACAAACAAUUAAUUCAAACGGACCAAUAAGAAGACAGUUACAAAUCACAUGAUUACCGUAAUUUACUUUAUAGAGGCACCUCCACCCUGUUACAGGACAGGCAAGAUAUUUCAAUGUAUACUGAACAAAAAUGUAAACGCGAAGUGUUCAUAUAAGGAAAUCAGUCAAUUUAAAUUAAUUCAAUAGGACCUAAUCUAUGGAUUUCACAUGACUGGUAAUACAGAUAUGCAUCUGUUGGUCACAAAUACCUUUAAAAAAAGUUAGGGGCGUGGAUCAGAAAACCAGUCAGUAUCUGGUGUGACCACCAUUUGCCUCAUGCAGCGCAACACUUCUCCUUCGCAUAGAGUGGAUAAGGCUGUUGAUUGUGGCCUGUGGAAUGUUGUCCCACUUCUCUUCAAUGGCUGUACGAAGUUGCAGGAUAUUGGAGGGAACUGAAACACGCUGUCGUACACGUCGAUCCAGAGCAUCCAAACAUGCUCAAUGGGUGACCUGUCUGGUGAGUAUGCAGGCCAUUUUCAGCUUUCAGGAAUUGUGUACAGAUCCUUGCGACAUGGGGCUGUGUAUUAUCAUGCUGAAACAUGAGGUGAUGGCGGCGGAUGAAUGACACGACAAUGGGCCUCAGGAUCUCUUCACGGUAUCUCUGUGCAUUCAAAUUGCCAUCGACAAAAUGCAAUUGUGUUCAUUGUCCGUAGCUUAUGCCUGCCCGUACCAUAACCCCACUGCCACCAUGGGGCACUCUAUUCACAACGUUGACAUCAGCAAACUGCUCGCCCACACGACGCCAUAAACGUGGUCUGCUGUUGUGAGGCCGGUUGGACUUAUUGCCAAACUCUCUAAAACAACAUGUCUUAUGGUAGAGAAAUUAACAUUCAAUUCUCUGGCAACAGCUCUGGUGGAUAUUGCUGCAGUCAGCAUGCCAAUUGCACACUCCCUCAAAACAUGAGACAUCUGUGGCAUUGUGUAUUGUGACAAAACGGCACAUUUUAGAGUGGCCUUUUAUUGUCCCCAGCACAAGGUGCACCUGUGUAAUGAUCAUGUUGUUUAAUCAGCUUCUUGAUAUGCCACACCUGUCAGGUAAAUGGAUUAUCUUGGCAAAGGAGAAAUGUUCACUAACAGGGAUGUAAACAAAGUUGUACACACAAUUUGCGAGAAAUAAUAUUUUUGGGAUCUUUUAUUUCAGCUCAUGAAACAUGGGACCAACACUUUACAUGUUGCGUUUAUAAAAAAAUGUCUUCUGUAUACCCCCCCUACCUUGUCACAACACAACUGAUUGGCUCAAACGCAUUAAGAAGGAAAGAAAUUCCACAAAUUACUUUUAAGAAGGCACACCUGUUAAUUGAAAUGCAUUCCAGGUGACUACCUCAUGAAGAUGGUUGAGAGAAUGUCAAGAGUGUGCAAAGCUGUCAUCAAGGCAAAUGGUGGCUAUUUGAAGUAUCUCAAAUAAAAAAUAUAUUUUGAUUUGUUUAACACUUUUUUGGUUACUACAUGAUUCCAUAUGUGUUAUUUCAUAGUUUUGAUGUCUUCACUAUUAUUCUACAAUGUAAAAAUAAGGAAAAACCCUUGCAUGAGUAGGCGUCCAAACUUUUGACUGGUACUGUAUAUCUUGCCAUGUCAAAUUCUAUAUUGUGUCCUCCCUUCUAGGACAUACUCCUCUGGAUAGGUUGAUGUCUCUUCUAGGACAUACUCCUCUGGAUAGGUUGAUGUCUCUUCUAGGACAUACUCCUCUGGAUAGGUUGAUGUCUCUUCUAGGACAUACUCCUCUGGAUAGGUUGAUGUCUCUUCUAGGACAUACUCCUCUGGAUAGGUGGAUGUGUCUAAUGUACAGUGUUCUGUGUCUCCAGGUGUUUGUGCUGCUGUUCAUCUUUGUGAAGAGGCAGAUCAUGCGCUUCGCCAUGAAGUCUCGUAGAGGACCACAUGUACCCCUGGGCCACAACGCUCCAAAGGUAAGAGAGGGAGAGACACACACACACACACACUCAGUCUCUGACAUUUCUAUACAUGUGAUUGCUUUCUCUACUUCCUGUGUCCUUUAGGAGCUGAGACAGGAGAUAGACUCUCAUCUGUCCAAGGUUCAGGAGAUCCGGUUUGAGCCACGCCUGCUGUCUGAACAUGACGACCGACUACAGAAUGGCGGUGAGAGAACCCCACACACACACACACACACACAUACAGUGCCUUCGGGAAGUAUUCAGACCCCUUGACUUUGUCCACAUUUUGUUACAUUACAGCCUUAUUCUAAAAUUGAUUAAAUAAAACAAUUUCCUCAGCAAUCUACACACAAUAUCCUGUAAUGAAAAAGCGAAAACAGGUUUUUAGAAUUUUUUGCAAAUUGAUUAAAUCCCAAAAACCUUAUUUACAUAAGUAUUCAGACCCUUUGCUAUGAGACUCUAAAUUGAGCUCAGGUGCAUCCUGUUUCCAUUGAUCCAUCCUUGAGAUGUUUCUACAACUUGAUUGGAGUCCACCUGUGGUAAAUUCAAUUGAUUGGACAUGAUUUGGAAAGGCACACACCUGUCUAUAUAAGGUCCCACAGUUGACAGUGCAUCUCAGAGGUCAAAGGAAUUGUCUGUGGACCCAUGAGACAGGAUUGUGUCAAGGCACAGAUCUAGGUAAGGGUACCAAAUCCUUUCUGCAGCAUUGAAGGUCCUCAAGAACACAGUAGCCUCCAUCAUUCUUAAAUGGAGGAUGUUUGGAACCACCAAGACUCUUCCUAGAACUGGCCGCCUGGCCAAACUGAGCAAUCGGGGGAGAAGGCCCUUGGUCAGGGAGGUGACCAAGAACCCGAUGGUCACUCUGACAGAGAUCUAGAGUUCCUCUGUGGAGAUGGGAGAACCUUCCAGAAAGACAACUAUCUCUGCAGCACUCCACCAAUUAGGCUUUAAUGGUAGAGUGGCCAGAUGGAAGCCAAAAGGCACAUGACAGCCCGCUUGGAGUUAGUCAAAAGGCACCUAAAGACUCUCAGACCAUGAGAAACAAGAUUCUCUGGUCUGAUGAAACCAAGAUUCAACUCUUUGGCCUGAAUGCCAAGCGUCACAUCUGGAGGAAACCUGGCACCAUCCCUACAGUGAAGCAUGGUGGUGGCAGCAUCAUGCUGUGGGGAUGUUUUUCAGCGGCAGGGACUGGGAGACUAGUCAGGAUCGAGGCAAAGAUGAACGGAGCAAAGUACAGAGAGAUCCUUGAUGAAAACCUGCUCCAGAGCACUCAGGGCCUCAGACAGGGUCGAAGGUUCACCUUCCAACAGGACAACGACCCUAAGCACACAGCCAAGACAAUGCAGGAGUGGCUUUGGGACAAGUCUCUGAAUGUCCUUGAGUAGCCCAGCCAGAGCCCGGACUUGAACCCGAUCGAACAUCUCUAGAGAGACCUGAAAAUAGCUGUGCAGCAAUGCUCCCCAUCCAACCUGACAGAGUUUGAGAGGAUCUGCAGAGAAGAAUGGGAGAAACUCCCCAAAUACAGGUGUGCCAAACUUGUAGCGUUAUACCCAAGAAGACUAGAGGCUGUAAUCGAUGCCAAAGGUGCUUCAACAAAGUACUGAGUAAAGGGUCAGAGUACUUAUGUAAAUGUGAUAUUUCCGUUUUUAAAAAAUAUAGACAUUAGCAUAAAUGUCAUAAAACAGUUUUUGCUUUGUCAUAAUGGGGUAUUAUGUGUAGAUUGUGUAAUCAAUUUAGAAUAAGGCUGUAACCUAACAAAAUGUGGAAAAGUCAAGGGGUGUGUAUACUUUCUGAAGGCACAUACACAUACAUCUACACACACACACACACACACAUCAUGUAGAUGUCUUUUCUACUCAUUCUACAGCUACAGUAGCCCUCUGUGAACUAAAAAAUAUGACCUAUGUGUGUGUUUUGCAGGUUGCUAUGACUACCUGUACAGAAUGAGGGCACUAGAUGCCAUAAGAGACUCUGGUAAGUCCUCUCCUGCUGUUUCACCCUGGCCUGUACAUCUCACUGUCAUCAUCCUAGUCCAGCAGCACCCCCUGCUGGGGCAUUUUGUAGUAACUACAGUAUACUUAAGCAAUAAAGCACGAAGGGGUGUGUGGUAUAUGGCCAAUAUACCACGUCUAAGGACUGUUCUUAUGCACCACGCAAUGCAGAGUGCCUGGAUACAGCCCUUAGCCAUGGUAUAUUGGCAAUAUACCACAAACCCCUGAGGUGCCUUAUUGCUAUUAUAAACUGGUUACCAAUGUAAUUAGAGCAGUAAAAAUCAAUGUUUUGCCAUACCAGUGGUAUACCCCGGCUUUCAGCCAAUCAGUACGUAGGGCUCGAACCACCCAGUUUAUAAUGUUGCACAUCCUCUUCACAUACUGUACUAUCUUCUGAAUCAGUGACCUUUGACCUCUUGAUCCAUAACUCCAAUUUGAUCAUAAUACAUCUUGUCAUCUCGUCUGUCAGAUAUUCCGUUCAGUGAGUUGGGAGGGACUCCCACAGCUGUGACAGGGAGGAGAUUCCGGGCCUGGCUCCUAGAUCUGAGGAAUUCCCAUUCCCUGUUCCGCAGCAGCCACAGUUCCCUCAUAGACACACUGCUGGAGGGCUACCACAACGCUCGCCACGGCACCGGGGUCAGUGCGUUUGUGUGUGUGUCUCUUUAUUUUACCUGAGGGAGAGAAAGAUGUGUGUCUCCACAUGACAGUGUGUCUUCCCCUUACUGAGGGGUCUACAGCGUGUGACUCCUGUCUGUCUCUCUGUGUCUGAAGGUGUUUGGAAAAGCAGAGUUUGUCAAAUACAAGGAAGCCCUGAACGAACUGGCCUCUGUGUGAGUACAGACACACUGCCAUUUAUCUAAGCACUACUCAUGUGUUAUAAUGAAGGUUUUUCAACUUUGACUCAAGUAGUUAUUCCUCUCUCCCCAGUGUGAAGAGCCAGUCCAGCUCCAUCAGUCUGGACCAGCAUCACCAGUUGGCAGCUAAAGACCUGACCAGUACCCCAGAGCCUCCCCCCUCCUCUCCCCCCUCCCAGGUCACAUACCUGCCGUCAGCUGGGCAACGCACCAAACGACCAAAACACUUCCUGGAACUCAAGAACUUUAAAGACAAAUACAACACCUUGGAGAGCACAUUCUGAGAACUACAAUCUUCUAUGGCACAACAUGAGAAACUACAACUCCCUACAGCCCCGAGAACUACAACUCCCUAGAAAAAACCUGGAGAACUACAACAACUUCUCUGCUACCACUUUAAAUCUGUUUUGUUGCGAGUACUGGACUCACUUUUCCUUCUCUAUUUCCAAAGUAGAUAGGUAGAGAUACUGGAGGUAGAGAUAGUGGAGGUGACAGAUCUAUCAUGCAUCGCACAGAAUAUAUAGUGCACUAUAUUGAAGCUUAUUUCAUAUUAAACAUCGUUGUGAACUGUUGCACAGACUUUGCAGGUAGAUAAUCAUGUAGGGUUGCAGGUUGGGCUAUGCAAAAAGAGAAGAGACCAGACAAGCUACAUGCAGUUUCUAUGCAGAAUGCAUGAAUGCAGGGUUUCCCAAACUCGGUCCUGGGGACCCGAAGGGGGGCACGUUUUGGUUUUAGCCCUAGCACUACACAGUUGACUCAAAUAAUCAACUAAUCAUCAAGCUUUGAUUAUUUGAAUCAGCUGUGUA